CUCCGCGUCGGUGCUGAAGUUGGGCGGAUGGAAGAAAAACAACGCCGAUGGAGAUAAUACGGCAGGAUGCAGAUUUACUGUGCAAAUUAAGAACCUUCAACUUAAAACACGUGUAAAGUAACCACUGUCGAAGACUGCCUGCCAAAAUUAAAAGGAUGGUAUAUUUUUGCUUGAUGCUGCAAAUGGUCCACCCACUAAGUCCCUGAGCUCUGCUGAAACCCAGGCGGAGAUAGCCGUCAUCAUCCCUUCUCACCUACUGGCCCUCAAUCAGGGAUGCCCCGAAGUAUAAGCGGAGUUGAUAUGAGAAAACGGCAGCAGCCACACAUUGAAGGACCUCCCCAGGCCCCUGGCCACCCAAGGCCCAACACCUGCUGCAUGUGUUGGUGUGGGUGUUGUAAAUGCCUCUGGAAUGAGGACCGCAUGGAGCGUUCAGAACGAACAUGCACUAAAAUGGAUAGUAUUGAAGCUGUGGAAGAGCAGCAGCCCACUCUAGAUGAGGUUGUGGCCUGGGCCCGUAGUUUUGAGCUGGUGAUGCGGUCCUCAGAAGGGAGGGAGAUUUUCAGAGAAUUUCUGCGCUCUGAAUACAGCGAAGAGAACCUUUUGUUUUGGCUGGCCUGUGAGGAGCUGAAGAAGGAGACUGACCAGACAGCAAUCGAUGAGAAAGCCAGGAUCAUCUAUGAGGACUAUGUGUCCAUUCUAUCACCGAAAGAGGUGAGCCUGGAUUCACGGGUGAGGGAAGGCAUCAACAUGAGCCUGGCUGAGCCCAGCAACCUGAUGUACGAAGAGGCUCAGCUGCAGAUCUACACCCUUAUGCAUAGGGACUCCUUCCCCCGUUUCCUCAAUUCAUCUGUUUACAGAGAACUUCUGGACAGCAAGCGAAGUUCCUGCUUAGACACCUAAAGUAAUCCCCACACCCCGCCCACACUUGCAAAACCAAGAAGAGAAUAAGGUGCCAGCGUUCGGGUUAGAUUUUUUUCUUUUGUGAAAAAAUAAAUGGAACAAGAAUAGAAUGAAUAGAAUAGUUAAGCAAUUUCAAGUGUCUGCUCACAGGCAGCUCUGAAAGUUAGUUCCUGGUUAACUGCCGAUAAGAGCUCCUCAGGCAAAAAAAAAAAGAGAAAAACCUUUUGUUCCUGUACUGUACUUUUGAGAGUUCUCCUUUUGCUCAGUUUCUUCCUCUCUCUUGCUCAGUAUUUUUCUCUCAGAAUCUGGCCCAUGACUAGGACAUUUUUACGGUCCAAAUACAAUGUCCUUUUUACGAUGGCAGUAGUGCUAGACUUUAGUGAGCAGUAAAUGCAUGUAACAAGUGUAACAUGGGAUUGGCUUCACAGUAGCUAGGUAUUUAAGCAGUGGACUGCAAUGGUUCUUGAAUUAGAUAUUUUCCUCUGUUUUAGGGAUUACUCUGUCAAACUCUUGAUGUGUUAAGUGAAGGGAAUGCUGAAGUUUGUCAAUUCACUUGCAGUCAUUGAUUUUGAGAAGGUUGAACGUUUUACAGUAGUGUCAAUAUCCGUCCAAGCACUUGCCUUCUGUACAUCUGUAAAACUGGGAGAAGGGCUAGAAUUGUGAUUGGGCAGCUAAAUGUUUUCUGAACAUUACUUUCCAUGGGAAAUCACAAUGCCUUUAUUUGAGAAAGGUGGCACAAAACCUGCUUGUAAUGGCAACAGCCACAGUUUAGUAAACUCAGUACUCACCCUGAGUGAAGCACAGGUUAUGUCAGAGCUGGGAAUUAUUGCUGGAGAGAAAGAAAUCUAACAUUCAAUUCUGUCAUUUCAGACAAUAAAUCAUGAAUACUUUGUUGCUCUCGAGAAAUGAAAGAGACUGUUUACUUUCUUUGUUUUUUGUACUGCAUAUAAUAUAAAUAGCAGUAAUGUCUCUGCCUUGGUUUGAAAGGUUAAGUAUGAGUUAGUGAUAUGUCUGAUGCUUAACCAUGAGGUCUCAGUGGGGUCUGUAUUGCAGAGACAUGGAAUUAUAAAGUAGGCAUACAUGCCUUCUAUAGCUGUAACACAUUUUGUACUGGAGAGGGUCAGUGAAAGCUAAGUAACAGCCCAGUAGACAGCAGAACAGGCCAGGAGGAAUCAGACAUUGGUUUAUAAAUAGAUGGUUUGCAGGGCUUUUUACCAGUUGUGCAUCUAUCUUUAUCCUGGCUAGCGAGGCUCCAAAAAGCUGCUGAAAUCUUUAGUGAGCCUCAUGACUUUAAUGGUCAAUCUGCUCUGGGUGACCUAGGGAGGUGGUUCUUGGGGUUAAUGGAUACAUUUCUUUUCUAGACUAUGGCAAACGAGGUAAUUCAUAUUUGAAGACUAAAAAUGUAUGUGUAAAUAUAUAUAUUGGUGCCAAACUUUUUUCCUAAUAAUUUAAAAGCCAGAUUAUGUUAAAUGUUAUUGCUUUUUUUUUAUGUUUAAAACAGUAGCUGACAAAAGUAAAAGAAAAAAAUAUUUGCCUUAUGUCUUAAAACUAAAACUGUUGUAAUUUAGACAGGAGUAUAAAGACUGAUCCCAGGCUGUGAUGACACUAUCCGUAAAAUCAAUUUCCAAAGGUGUGGGAAUUAGGAUAAUUGUAAGCACAAUUAUUCAAACUUAUUGACAAUUAUUAUAAUAAAGUUGGAAGUUGCCAUUUUUAUAAAUUUAAGAUAGCCUAAUUUGUACAUUCCUUGAUUACACAGAUAGUUGAAGCAUUUGAUCAAUGACAUUAUUUUUGAGAUUCUGAUGAGAAUAAUACAUUGUGUUUGAUGUUGGCUUAGUUAGCAUAGGAACACUGCUUGGGUGUUUCUGACUUCAUGUCUUAAAUUUAAACAUUGAUUAUUGGACCAAAAUGAACUUAAUAAAUACCAUAGUCUUUUGUAACACACAUUUAUGGAGGACCGAAGGAGUCAAA